AUGUCGAAACACAUAGCAAAAAGUGCUGUGCGCACAGUAAAGAAUUUUUCAAAAGGUUAUUCAGAUAUACAGGUCAAAGUCAGAGCAGCAACAUCAAAUGAGCCAUGGGGACCAAGUGGGACGGCAAUGAGUGAAAUUGCUCAGGCGACUUAUAACCACCAUGAAUUUAUAGAGAUUAUGGAGAUGAUCGAUAAACGACUAAAUGACCACGGUAAAAAUUGGCGACAUGUCUUUAAAGCUCUCACAUUAUUGGAUUAUUGCCUGCACGUAGGAUCAGAGAAUGUAGUCCUAUACGCAAAAGAUAAUUUGUAUAUAGUAAAAACUCUUCGAGAGUUUCAAUUCAUAGACGAAGAUGGAAAAGAUCAGGGUGCAAAUGUCCGCCAAAAGGCUAAAGAUGUUACGAAUCUUUUGCAAGAUGACGAACGACUCAAGGCCGAACGGCGAUCACGCUCAACUAUGCAUAAUCGUAUAUCGGGCCGAGAGUUAAGUGGUAGUCUAGGGAAUUCGCUGGCCUUAGAACAACAACCUGGAUAUUUUGAUGAUGAUGGUGAACUUCAGCGGGCGAUUGAAGAGAGUAAGAAAUUGGAACGUGAAAGAAAGUUAAAAGAAAGUUCUGAAGAAGAUUCAGACCUUGCAAAGGCAAUUCAACUAAGUAAGGAGGAGGAAGAAAAACGAAAACAAGCGGAAGAGGUUGCACGAAAAGAGGUGCCUUUAAUACAAGGUGAUACAAGUUUCACACCAGUUACACUUUCAUCACAACAACUGCAAGCUGAUGAUUUUUUUAGUCCAUUGAGUCAACAAUAUUCUGGUGGUCAUACCAUUAAUACUACUGGUACAAUUGGAUCAAACAAUCCAUUUGGACAAUUCACUGCACAGCCACAACAGCUUCAAGCAUUUCAAACUACGGACAAUAAUUCGUCGUCCUCAUUUGGUCAAAAUGCUAAUUUAGCCACGUAUGGUGGCAAUAAUGAUCCUUUGGGACUUAAUUUUCAACAGAAUAAUCUUGGUACAUCGUCUUUUAACAAGCAACCUUCAUCUUUUAAUGGAAUUGGUCAACAGUCGAACAACGGACUAAACCAAUUAAAGAAUGAUCAAUUAUUACAACAGUCACAAAAUAAUUCGCUGCUAAGAAGUCUGACCUUGAAAGCGACGCCGCAAGACGACAAAUAUUCCAGGUUGAAUAAUUUACUUGCAUCGCGAGGAGAUGGUCUAGAUACAUUUGGCAAUCAAGCUCGAGCAAAUUCUACCAGUAGUAUCGGAACUUCUGGUUCAAAUCCUUUCUUCAAAAACGAAGGCAACAAUAACAGUCUUGGUACCCUAUCACCAUAUUCAUCUGGAACAUUUAGCAGUUCACAACCUAAUCUUAGUAGUCUAAAUAACAAUAAUUCAGAUUUAUAUAGUACACUCAAUGGCAGCAGUAGCUUUUCUACGUUAAGUCAGCCUGGUUCACCUUUCUCCACAGCCUCAUCAUUCGCAACAACUAACACGCUAAUCGAUUUGGGCACAAACAAUAAUGAUAGCUUUAACACUAAUACUGCCAGUAAGAAUCCAUUUCAAAUACAACAACCACAACAAAUCACGACAAAUGUCAAGCCAAG